GAGUAGAGCUCGGCGCGCGCCACUCGCGAACCGAGGCCGUAAGGUGCGCGCGCAAUCCGUCAGCCGCAGCGCGUGCGUCGCGCACUACUGUAACCUGUGCGAAGUGUUUUUUAAAUUUAGAAUUCGUGAUUAAAAAAAUACAGCUUUUUAAUUUUUCUACAGUGUUGAAUGCCAGUAUCUUUACGAUCGGGAGAUAAGUGUGAGGGGAAGACGAACGCGUGCAUUGUAGAACCAGUCCAUAGUCCGAGCUGUUUCAGCCACCGUUAUUAAAUUAAGAUAAUCAGCAAGAUGGUGAAGUCCACUUUUUUCUUUGGCCUAUUAAUACUGGCGGUGGUAUGCCCCGGACAAACCGCGCCCAGAAGAAGGUCCCGUGCUGCUGCACUGCCAACAGAAGACACACCUGAAGCACCCAUCCGUCAAAGCAAGUUAGAAGAGAAAUACAAAGAAGAUAUAACUACCAGCGCUCCAGAACCAACGCAUAGAAGGAAUAAAGCACUUAACCUAUUCGGCUAUUUUCCACCUUAUAUGUCUUCUGGCUUAGAUUACGCGGACGAUGAUGAUGAUGACGUCACUUUCGCAGUCAAUGACGAUAAUUUCAGCGGCGAAGAUCUUUCCAGAACUAUCCCAUCUACUCGGAGACAGCAAAACAAAAAGAAGAAUGGCAAUGGAAACCUCUACCAGAACGAUAACUUGAACUCUCUUCAGUACGAUAAUUCGCCUAUUUUCUAUAUUAGAUUGCCCCCUACCCCUUACAUGUUUGUUCCCGAUCCUCAAGUUCCUCAAAUGGGAGCAGUCGAUCCUUUCGGUUACGGUGCCCCGCAACCUAUCAUACCAGCACCGAGACCGACCUACAACCCACCAACGUAUCCCAAACCGAAACCAACACCUAGCAACUCUAAGAUCACAAACCUUAAGGGUCCAUACGUCUUUAAUGGAAAGCCAGGCGACAAUGUCUAUGUGCUAAGAGACACAUACAAUUCUAUAUACUCAGAUGCUCUUCAAAACUUCUACCCUUAAAAUGUAAUUGGUACUCAUAGGAUAUAAAUGAAUGGCUCGUAUCGAGCUUGUGUUUAGAAAUACAAUUUUGAUUAAUUUUUCUCAAUGGUGCAAUCAGCUUUUUUUUCUUUUAAAUAUAUAGUUAUGUAUCGUCAUUAAUUGUAUCAGCAAGAUCAAAAUUUCAUCUUGAUAGACUUACAGGAAAAGUGCCCAUCAUUAAAAUUUUCUUUCUCGCAUUAAAUUUUUCUAUAUAAUUUAAAGUAAGCGUUUCUUUAAGAAAAAGAGUUCAACGAGAUUUGGUAAAAUAUCAUAGCAAACUUUUUAUUCUUAUUUCUGAUACUAAUGUCAUGACAUGAUUAAGUAAUUGGUAGUAAUUAAUUAAGUAAUUACUUAGUAAUUUGUCUUUGUAAAAGCUUAUAAUUUAAUUUAUUUUAUAAAACGUAGGGCUUAUUUAAAAUUAUAAUUUAUUUUAGAAAAGUAAGUACAAACUGGAAACAAUGUAUUAAUCCAUCCAUUAGUAAUCUAGAUUUACAUUUAAUUUACCUAGAUAAAUUCAUUAAGGAAUGUGUCUCCUACAUUAUUUAGCAGGUAGAUGUUUUAAAAAUAAUUUUUACUUAAUUUAAUACAUAAUAUUUAUACUACUUGCAUUUUAUGACUCAGUGCUUUAUAAACUUAAUAUUAACUUAGUUAUAAGUUCAUGAAAUAUGAAAGACUUGAUAAUUUCAUAUACUAUAUAGAUUAAGGUAUAAUUAUGUCACCUCCUAGUCUCGUCAAUUAUGUAAACGAGAUAAGUAGAGAGUACGAUAACCAAUAUGUUCGAAAAAAAUUAUGUUUUAAAAUAUAAAACUACUUUAGAGUACAACUAAUGUAAUUUGGUAUUUACUCAAAGUUAAACAGAUGUUUAAAACAUAUGGGCAAAUGGACCAAAACAGAUCCAUUGUCUUAUUAAGAAAUUAAAAAAUGUACUUCAUUCUUAAUUCAAAAUAACUAUAAUAAAAUCAUAGUAAAUUGU